AUGGAAGAGACCAAGGCGGAGCCUGCCCCAAAAACGACGCCGCUAGCUGCCCAGCCGGACCACCACCACAAAUGGAACCCGUUUGUGGCGAAACGCGUGGCGAUGAAACUGGCCAGCCCGGCGCACGCCGCGCCGGCGCCGGUGGCUGCGCCGGCCGCGGCGCCGGCCGCGGCGCCGGCCGCGGCGCCGGAGGCUGCGCCGGUAGCUGCGCCGGUAGCGGCGCCUGCACCCGUCGAAGCCGCUCCGCCGCCACCGCGGCCCGCACCCGCGGCCGUCGCGAGCCCCGCCCGGGCGAAGCCGCCGCCGCCACCGUUCCCCAAGCCCACGGCCGCACCCGUGCCCGCGCCCCCGACGCGCGACGCGCUCGCCGGCGCCUUCGGCGCGCCGGCCGCGCCGGCGACGCGCGACCCGCUCGCUGGGACGCGCGCGGCGGCGGACGGGAGCGCCGCGCCGAAGCCGCCGGCCAAGGCGCCGGCCGAAGAAACGAAGCAGGUGCCGUCGCCCGAGGCCCUCUAUCUGCGCCGCGCGCUGCCGGCGGCGAGCCCCGCGAAGCCGCCCCCUCCCAAACCGACCGUGAGCCCCGCCAAACCCAAGCCGCGACCGCCGCCGCCGAGCCCCGCGCGGUCGUCGGUGUCGUGGUCGGCCACGCCUCCGAGAAAACCCAAGGCCGCGGAGUUUUUGGGAAAUGCCUUCGACCAGAAGCACGAGCAGCCCGAGGUCGCGGUACUGCGACACGCGCGCGAUGUGAUACGGGAGGCCGCGUCAUCAUUGGAAAUCAGCAUCACGGGCAAGAAAGGCCCGACGACGCCCCGGGCCGCUUCCGUAUUAAGACCGGCCUGGGCCUCGCUCAUCAAGGCGACGCGCGGCGCGCUCGACGAGUUAAUAAACGCGACGCGCGACGAGGACGCGGCCCACGUCGCGGACGGGUUGCUGCGGGAUUUGGGCGACUACCUCGAGCUCGAGGCCAAGGCGAAGGAUCGAGAUGUCGUCUCGGAGAAGAAGGUGAAGGUCAAGGAGUAUUUUGAUCCGAAGAAGUUGGACGUGGUACGAGGGCUAGACGACGUCCAGACGGAGAGUCGGCUACGGACGCUGUUUGCGAUGUACUCGCUGCCCUGCGGCGGCCAGGAAAUCAAGAUUGAUGGUUUGGGUGCUCACGAGCUCGGCGCGCCGCUGGACGAUGCGACGGCGGCCGCGAUCGAAGCGUACGCGGCAGCUUUGGAGGGCGCGAAGGCCCUGGCGCCCUUGCCGUCGGCCCACUUGUUGGUGGAUAUCGCUUUAGAUGCGCGGCUCGAGGCGCUGCGGGGCCGCGUCGCGCGGCGCAUGAAGCAGCUCAAUUUGUGUUUUGCGCUGGGGCCGUCGCUGACGGGCGUCGCGAACGCCUUGGUGCAGUCGGAUCGGCCGCGGUCUUCAAUACUAGCGCACACGGCGGCGCUGGCGGAUAAAAGAAGGGCGGCUCGUAGGGCCCGGGGCGCCCUGAAGGCCGCGGCGCGGCGCGGCAUUGGUGGAGACGAUCCGAGAGUCCGGGAGCUCGAGCGACGAGCAAGGCAAGCGGAGCGCGCGGCGCCCGCAUCAUUAUUUAACUUGGGCGCGGCGCACCGUUUGGUUGGCGAGGACCGGCGCGCGUCGGAGUGUUAUAAUGCCGUCGUGACGGCCGCGAAAGCUAUAGGAGGCAAGGAGGGCACCGCACUCGUUGGGCGAGCUUUACACGAGCGCGCCGUGACGGCGGAAGCGGCGUCGGGCUACCACGAGGGCGCGGCCGCGGCCUACUCGCAGGCUUUGAGGCUGCGGAGGGAGGCGCUCGGGGCGACGCACGCGGACGUCGCCGAGACCUUGUGGCGCCGGGGCCGCGCGCGCUGGAAGUCCGGCGAUUGUAGUGGAGCGCGCGAGGACUUCGAGGAGGUGCUGCGGAUUCGCGAGGCGUUGAAUGAGGACGAGGAGGUCUUGGCGAUUGUCCUCGUCGAGCUCGGCGGCGCGGCGCAGGCCGAUUCCAGGUUGCCGCUCGCGGCGGCGAGCUUCGACCGCGCGCGGAGGAUACGAGAAAAACAGUGGGGCCCGACGCACGUGCUGAGCGGCGAGUGCGCGAAGUUGGGGGCGCGCGUCCACGCGCAGCUGGGGGACCACGAGAAGGCGUCCAUGCUCUACGCGCGGGCCUACCACGCCUUCGCCAAGACCAAGGACCGGCGCAAGGCCGCUCGCAAAGCCUGGCUCGCCUGCCGGCGCGAGUCGCUCCGCGGCGCGCUCUCGUCUCGGAAAACCGGGGACGCGCUGCCCGCGUCGUCCAAGACGCUCUCGGAGACCGUGACGCCGCCGGCCGCGACGCUCAGCUUCGCGCCGCCGACGCCCGCCGGGGACCCCGACGCGCCGCCGCGCGUCGCGAGCUCGUCGUCGUCGGACGGCUCCAUGGACUGCGCCGUGAACGCGUCCUGGGAGCGGCCCGCUUCCUUGGCGGCGCGUUCUCAUAGUCCUAUCUUGGUAACGUAGUGCAGUG